AUGGAUCAUCAAUUUCCAAGAAAACAAUUGGUGAUAUCAAAUUCAACCAAAGAUAAAGUGGAGGCAUGCAAAAGAUAUAUAGAGAGAAAAUAUACAGAUCUAUUGAAAGCGGAGAUGGAGAGAAGAGAGGAUUGGGCCAAAUUAUGGGAGAAAAUGAAAGAUAUGCAAUUGAAAGCUUAGGAUUAAGAGUACUAUAAAUAGUUGGUUUUGAAGAAGGAAGCAGAACUGAUGAGAAAGAAAAGAAUGAAGUUUUGCACUGAUGAUUUUGAGCCAAUAGCAAUAAUAGGAAGAGGAGCAUUUGGUGAAGUGAGAGUUUGCAGGAUAAAAUAGACUAAAGAGAUAGUUGCAGUCAAAAAAAUGAAGAAGUGUGAGAUGUUGGCCAAAAAUCAAUUAGCACACAUUAGAGCAGAGAGAGACAUCCUGAGUCAAGAGAAUCCUUGGGUGGUAGAAUUAAAAUGCAGUUUUCAAGAUGACAAAUAUCUCUACUUAGUGAUGGAGUACAUGGCAGGUGGAGAUCUAAUGACAUUGCUGAUGAAAAAAGAUAUAUUAACUGAAGAUGAAGCCAAGUUCUACAUUGCAGAACUAGUUUUGGCAGUUGAUUCAAUCCAUAAAAUGAAUUAUAUUCAUAGAGAUCUCAAACCAGAUAAUAUUUUGAUUGAUCGAAAAGGACAUCUCAAGUUAUCUGAUUUUGGUUUAUGCAAGUAUUCAGAAAUCAAACCGAAAGUUGAGUUGGGCAGAAAAGUUCCCAAUUAAAAUCCAGCCCCAACUCCAAUACUUAGCAAAAUGUAAAAAAGAAGACAAUUAGCUUUAUCCACAGUUGGUACUCCUGAUUAUAUUGCUCCGGAAGUCUUUACAUAAUAAGGAUAUACUGAAACAGUGGAUUGGUGGAGUGUGGGAGUAAUGUUGUAUGAAAUGGUUGUUGGAUAUCCUCCAUUCUUUUCGGAUGAUCCUUAAACCACCUGCUAAAAUAUCUUACACUGGCAAUCAACAUUCCAAAUCCCACAAGAUAUCAGUCUAUCACCUUAAUGCAUUGAUUUGAUUCGCAGAUUGGUGGCUGACCAUACUGAAAGAUUGGGCAUUAAUGGAGUAAGUGAAAUAAAAAUUCAUCCUUUUUUUUAAGGAGUUGAUUGGAGGAAAAUAAGAGAGAAGAUUACCCCUUAUUAACCUCAAGUGAAUCAUGAAAUAGAUACUUAAAACUUUGAGAAAUUCGAAGAGGAGGAACCUUGGAAUUGGAAUUCUAGUAGGAGAGUCAAGAAAGAUCACUUCUAAGGAUAUUCUUUUAAUCGAUAAGCUCAAAGAGAACAAAGUCCAGUGAGAGUAGCUCUGGAGAAUAUUGACAAAGUUGAAUUUCCUAAACGAUAAUAACCGACAUAGUAACCACAAAGUUAGAUUCAGUAACCUGGUAGUCCAUCUCACAGAAAAGUUAUAGCUAAACCAAUUGCUUAUGCUUACAACAAAUCUGCCAGGUCUAAUUCUCCUGUUAAUAAGAAUCAAUAAUAAAACUCUAUGAAAACUAUUCCAUAACAACAAACCUUACUGAAUAUAUUAUCUUAAUAUAAAAGAAAUUCUAAUAAUAAUAAUAACAGCUCUAAUAACAAUUCCGCACUCAAUUAUUCAAGCUCAAGAUUACCAAAUCUUAAAAGUGUUCGAGAACAAAGUCCCAGAUCCCCAAGAAACACAUAAAAGUAUUACUAUUAAUGA